UCUUUCCAGCCUGUCCAUCUCCCCACACCGUCUCUCUCAUUAAUUAUCUUCAUCAUCAUUUCGAUCCAAACCUCUUUUUUUCACCAUAAAAUUUAAUAAAUCAUUUAUUAUUAUUAUUCAAUAUUUUAAUCCCCAUCUUACCCCUCUCUUUCUACGUCUCUUUCCCUCUUUGAACCCUUCCACCUUUCUCUCUCUCUCUCUCUCUCUCUCUCUGUGCUUCGCUUCCACUCCCCUAACCCAAACGGAAAUGUCGAUGCCGCGCACCUCCGUCCUCCUCUGCUUCUUCGCGAUCGUCUUCUCCGGCGACGCAGCUGCGGCGGCGGCGUACGAGCUGCCGGAGUUCCGGGAGGCGCCGGCGUUCCGGAACGGGCGGGGGUGCGCCCCGAACGCGACGAUCCACAUCGCGAUGACCCUGGACGCGACGUACCUCCGCGGGUCCCUGGCGGGGGUGCUCUCGGUGCUGCGCCACGCCUCGUGCCCGGAGUCCGUGGCCUUCCACUUCGCCGCGGCGGCGGCGUCCCCGCGGCGCCUGGGCGCGCUCCGCGGCGCCGUGGUCUCGGCGUUCCCGUCGCUCCGCUUCUCCGUCCACCGCUUCGACGCGGCGCUGGUCCGCGGGAAGAUCUCCUCGUCCGUGCGCCGCGCCCUCGACCAGCCGCUCAACUACGCGCGCAUCUACCUCGCGGACCUGCUCCCCCGCGCCGUGCGCCGCGUGAUCUACCUCGACUCGGACCUCGUCGUGGUGGACGACGUCGCCCGGCUCUGGUCCAUCGACCUCGGCGGCCGCGUCCUGGGCGCCCCCGAGUACUGCCACGCCAACCUCUCCGCCUACUUCACCGCCGCCUUCUGGUCCCACCCCUCCUACCCGGCCGUCUUCGCCGCCCGCUCCCGCCGGCCCUGCUACUUCAACACGGGCGUCAUGGUCAUCGACCUCGACCGCUGGCGCGCGGGGGCCUGCACGCGGCGGCUGGAGGGCUGGAUGGAGGUGCAGAAGCGGGAGGCCAGGAUCUACGAGCUGGGCUCGCUGCCGCCCUUCCUGCUGGUGUUCGCCGGGGAGGUGCGGGGGGUGGAGCACAGGUGGAACCAGCACGGCCUGGGCGGGGACAACCGGGAGGGCCUCUGCCGGGACCUGCAUCCGGGCCCCGUCAGCCUGCUGCACUGGAGCGGCAAGGGCAAGCCCUGGCUCCGCCUCGACGCCGGCCGCCCCUGCCCGCUCGACGCCCUCUGGUCCCCCUACGACCUCCUCCGCCGCCGCACCGGCCGCGACCACCACCCACUCGCCGACGACUGACUGACCGACGUGGCAGCAGCCUGAACGCCCUGAACGCUGUUAUCUAUUAAAUAUUCUUCUUCGCCUGAUCGAUGGUGGGAUCGGCCGAUCACUGAGGUGGCGGAGUCAUGAUGACGUGGCGUUAUUGUUGGAGAAAAUUCAAAAUUUUAUUUAUUUAAUAUUUAUUUUUUUAUUAACUUUUAAUUAUCAAUUUGCGAAACGGCCGCAUCAACUACGGCCGCUUCGCGCGAGGGGGGGAUCGUGCGCAGAUCCGUUCCACUAAUUAAGACCUUAAUUAGUGCUUUGGAACGUUGUGGGCUCCAACGUUCCAUACUUUAACCCUUUAUAUUUUGUUACCUCGUCCAUAGUAUUGGACAGGACAUAUAUAUACAUAUGAGGUGAACACUUUGAAAAUAUAGAUCACAGUGAGAAGGAAUACUAUUUGAGAAUCAUUUGUUAUUUUCUUUCAUUUUAUUAUUUUUCACCGAGUGUUGAAAGAGUCUCCGUCAACCUCUUCCGCGAUCGUGCUCGUAGGAGAAGGAGUUCCGGUCGUACCUUGGGGCGGUGUUUCCGGUUAAUCCCGCACGAAGGACGGGAAUACGCCUUAGGGCAGUGCUUCGCACGCUUCCGGAUCAAAUUAAUUUGGCAUUCUACUUCGACAAUUUUUUUUUGGAAUUUAGCGAUUACUGUUAUGUUAUUCGGGGAAAGUUGGGAAAGCGACAGCUGGCGAGCGCAAGCGACUAAGGGAGUAGCACGGAUCGGCGUCCCGUUCAGAUUUUUUUUCUCUUUAAAAGAAAAAUUAAGAAGUGGUGGAUCGACGCGUGGAGAUGUACAGCUGUAGAGAAGAUGAGCGAGAUGUGGGACGAGGAAUUUUUGACUGCUUCAUUCGAGAUUGUUGAAAGAUUGCAUUACAUAUGGUGAAAAAAUAUGAUGAAAAAAAUAUAUUGUUUAUUUUGGUAUGUAGUAUUGUGUUCUGCACAAUGAGUUAGUAACGAUAUAUUUUCUACGGUUCCAUCAGAUAAUAUAGAAAUAUAUUUCUAUAUGCUUCUAUCUUAAUUUUAUUUUAUCUAAUAAUGUCAUAUAAGUCUCAAUAUCAAACUAAAUUUAAAAUUUUUUGAUCUGCUUCCUUAAAUAAAGACAGAGAGAGGGGGGGUGGGGGGUGUUUCAGAGGGAGCGAGUGAGAAAUGUGGGUGGGAUGAGUUGUAAUUUGUUCCUACAGCAGCUGGUUGUUGAAUGUUGAUACACUCGGCUUCAUCCAAGCACGGAAUUUUGACGCAUCCUGCAGCUGAAUGCCUUGGUUCUAUAAA